AUGGGCCGUCAUGCUCAUAUCACUCGGCUGGCUCUGGGGAGGUCACCCUUCGAGGCACCGUUGCAGGAUGACAGUGGGAACUUCAUCCUCGGACCCAAUGUCCAACAUGACACUGCUCGCAACUACAUCCAGCAUUUCGAUCUCCGAGGGCAUCCACAGAAUCUGGCCUCUGAAGCUUCGAGGAGAAGGCUCAUUCGAGCCGAGAACGAUGCACUUUCGACUGUUGGCGUUGUGGUUCGCAAAGCGAAGAUGAAUCGCUCACCAUGGCAAACCAUGAGCGAGAAGCAGAAGCAUAUGCUCCUUCUUGAAGAAAAUGUGGCAGGAGCCAACUGGGGCCUCAUUGUGGACCUUGUUCAGAAGAUAUCCACGAGAUGGAUAGUCUGCUUUCGCCGUCGACUGCUCACCUAUAGGUCGUACCUGGGGCUGUCGAUGCCGGAAAUAAUCAUGGCUGAAUGGCGCUCCUCGGGACCCUGGGCAUUCCUCUUUAGUGGUCUACCGCUCGCCGCCGUCACCAGUGUCAGUCAGGCAUUGAGAGACACGUUGUUAGAGGAUGAAAGAGUCUCAAAUCUUUCCCACCCGUCCAGCAGGCUUCAUUGGUCGGACCUUGUCCGAUUGAUUCGCUGUCACAGCCUACGGAUUGUCUGGUACGCGGCGGAAUAUCCACUUCAUGCCUUUGCCGUUCUGCAGUCCCUCCACCUUGUUCCUGCAGAUGCCACUCCGCCCUUAUCAUCCUUAAUCCCUUUCACCGCCUUAUCGCCCAUUCAGUUACCAAAGCCAUGGCCGGAGGCAUCCUUAUUGUCAAUUGCAUCGUAUGCAGUAAAGGCCGCCUCCCACCCCUUCGUUCUUGCCUACAUCUUGGACCAAGUCGCGAAACACAUUUUCACCCGAGUUUAUCUAGUGGCUCGCCAGUUCAUGGUGAAGCCGGACCGACCAGAUCGACUAUCACUACAGAGCGCCAAAGACGGUCUGAACAUCAGUCCCGAUGCCACGAUUCCCGAUAUGGGGAUGGACCGGCAAGAGGAUCGUGGCUCUUGGAGAAUAGAGGGUGUAACGGAGAUUGUCAGAACAUUGUUUCCGGCAGUGUUUUGGUUUUGGGACAAGGUCUUGCAGACACAGCGGACACCCCUUACCGUUGAGUUGAGUCCGGACAUCGAGGAGGAGUUGAUGCAUCGAAGCAUCGUUCACUAUCGAGAUCUGUUGCGCCAAGAUCGGGAGGUCGACGUCCAGUUCAGGCGUGCUCCGCGGACGCUUCGAAUCAUGGCCAUUCGAUCUGCUUUCGGCGAUUAUAACCUAGAUCCGGACCAUGCGAUGGUGGAUAUCUUCGAACUAGCCGAGGAAAUGAACUUUCACGUUCCUAGUGAUGCGUCGACGGCAACUCCUGAACCGCUAGAGCCGUCACCAAUGAUGGAGGACGAGGCACCACUACGAAGCGAAGAUGACCCGGUGAACCAUGCCGCCGCCGAGGGAACUUCUGACCCUGUUGAAGCGGUCCCGGAGCCGUCACAUCACACCGAUGUACCUGGGGCACCGCCCUCGUUGACAGACAAUCACGACGGCAGCGCGAAUGGUGCUCUUGAGAGUGGCACAGAGAACGCCGUCCAGGGAGAGCCUUCUCCUCGGCCUGCUGUUCCUCUGGAGACCCCACGUUCCCCUGUACCCUCGAAUGCAGGAAGUAAUCCGCCACCGAGCGACCAUGUGACAGGUCCUGAUAUCGCGAUUCCUGAAUCUGAAGCCGCAAGUUCUCCUGCUCCUAGUUCCCCGGUACUGGGCAUUUCUCGAGCGGCCACCCUGCCGAACACGAUUCCGAGACCUGUCCGUCGGCCAACAGAUAUUGACGAAGAUGAUCGGCCUAUAAGAGAAGACUUUUUCUAUCGGCGGCACGAGUCAAGAAAGCCACGCCAUGUGGAUGAACCAAUGUAUCGGGUCACUCUGUUAUCGAACCACCCAGCUGAAACAUUGGCCCAGAUUGGAGCCUCCAUUGUCGAGUCCACCAUGUUACUUCCCUUUGAAAUGUUGUUUCUAAGAUCGCUUGCUCGCAGCUUUCUGAUGAAUCGGUGGGCAGACCUGCAGGUGUCCGGGCCACCACGACCGCUUGCGGACGUGUGGCCACUUGGCUCUUGGUUUGGAGUUCGCAGUCUUGAUGGAUCCCAACGCUUACAUUUCUUUGUGAACUUAUCCAUGACCCUUGGCAUUCAAGCAUUGAUGAAUAUUGCAGUUUGGAGCGCCAGUGCACACUUUACCCUGUGGAGGGGCAGCCGGUAUGGUUGGGGAAAGAUCUGA